AACCCACUCUCGCCUUCAGGGUUUUAAGCGCCGACUCUGCGUAACACUUGCAGAGCUUCGAUUCUUCUUCUCCCAUGGCGGCUUCUGCUACAUUAGUGCCUAUGGCACAUGAAAGAAAAGUUGAGAAUCUGAGAGCUUUUAUGAUGAAUUUGGCGAAUUCAAGAGGCUUCUCCCUUCCUGAGACUAAAUUCUUCGAACAGAAACUCUUGGAUCUGUGUUUAUCCCGUACUCCUGAUCAUCCCACUUAUUCCGCUAUGAUAUUUGUUGCUAUCAUGGAUUUGAAUGAAGAAGGUGGCUCGCGUGAAGAAGCCAUAUCUGAGUUUAUUAAGUCCAAGUACAAGAACUUGCCAUUUGCUCACACGAGUUUGCUCACUCAUCAUCUAGCCAAGCUUGUGGAGAAAAGAGAGAUACUUUGUGACUGCAACAACUACUGUUACUCUCUCCCCGGAGAGAAGAAUAAUACUGUUGUGUCCACAGAUGCUGGAAAUACGAGCGCUGUGAUUACAGCGAGAAGUAAUGAUCAGCGUGCUGGGAAUGAGGUUAUGACUCUCGAAAGCGAGGAAGAAUGUGUUGAAAUUUUGAAGUCUGUGGAUCAUAAGGUUGAUUCAGUGGAGAAACAGAGUUUGACUGAGUCUCAAACCAGCCUCCAACGUGAAGCAUGUUGUGCCAUUAACGUCACUGAAAUAAGGCACACAGAAGAUAAUGGAGACAAAGCAGGUUUAAGGGAUUCGACUGUUGAAACUACUAGGAGAGAGGGAGUUACUGGAGAACCAGAACUGGCUCUUGAAAAUAGCGAGACUAAAGGUAAGAUUGAAGCUAACUGUGAAGAAGGUGAAUUAUAUGAAGUAGUUGUUGGGAAAAUUGAUGUGUUGGUAGAAGAGUCGGGUGAAGAAGGAAUGGAAACAAGCUCAAAACAGAGAAAAGCAAAACUGUGCAGGACAUCUAACACGAUGAAAGAAGCAUGUGUGGAAGUGAAGAGUGAAGCAUAUAAAAAACUUUGGGAGUGCCAAACCGAAGCAUGCAACAAUAUCAUUGCCCUAGAGAAAAUGCUGAAACAGUGCAGAGAGAAAGACCAGCAGAACACAGAUGUUUCAGAAAUGAAUGAUGUUUCUUGUUUGCCUCUAUCAAUGGAAAGCUGCAGAGAACUGUGGAAGGUUGCCCAAAAGAUACAAAGCCAGCUAUCUGAGUUCAUCGAUUCCCGUGAUGAAACCGUGGUUCCAUAUUCUGAAUAUCCAGGAGGUGAAAUCGAAGGAAUAAGCAAAGGAGUCUGCAAAGAGGAUGAUCCCAAGAUGAAAACUCCUUGUGGGAUUAGUGGAUCUGGAAAAACCUCCAAACAGCCUGAACAGAAGGGAAGAGAUCAUUGUUCACAAAAGAAACCACAGGUGAAGAAAACGAGAAUGAAAAGACUCGGAGACAUAGGAACAACAGCAGUGAGGAAAUCGCCUCGCUUAAGAUUAUGAACCUCAAAAUUUUCUUGUAAAGGUUAGGUUACAUAUUUUAUAUCAGUAUCUGGCAUAGGGGCAUAAGUGCAAGAUCUUGAAGAAUUUGAAUAUU